AUGGGAUUCCCAAGUGAAAAAGUAGAGGGAGUAUUCAGAAAUCCAAUGAAAGAAGUCCAGAGAUUCUUGGAUCACUAUCAUAAGGAUCAUUAUAGAGUUUACAACUUGUGCUCGGAAAGAGACUACGAUCACAGCAAGUUCUACGGACGUGUUGGUUGCUAUCCAUUCGACGACCACAAUGCACCAGAGUUUGCAUUGAUCAACGAUUUCUGUAAGGAUGUCGACGAGUGGAUGAAGCAGGAUCCAAAGAAUAUCGCAGUCAUUCAUUGCAAAGCCGGUAAGGGUAGAACCGGUUUGAUGAUUUGUUGUUGGUUGCUCUACUGUGGAAUGUGGAAGAACACCGAGGAGUCAUUGAAAUUCUACGCUGCAUUGAGAACAUACAACCAAAAGGGUGUUACCAUCCCAAGUCAGAUUCGUUACGUUCAUUACUUUGGCAAGCACCUCGUUCAGAAGUUCGAGUUCCCACGUCCACAAGUCUUGAGAAAGAUCGUACUCAAACCACUGCCAUUCGAAGUCAAUCUCUCUGAGAUCAAUUUGAAUAUUUGUGUUGGAAAGAAUCCAGUCUUCAAUUCAAAGGAUGACUUUUUAAAUGUUACUAUCCAUAGAGUAGACAAGAAGAAAAAGAAGAAGAUGGCAGCAGCAAAGAAGGAUAAGGGAUCAUCUUCAUCUUCAUCGUCAACAGCACAACUAGAGGCAGGCAAGUCAUCACCAACUUUGUCAUCAUCACAGAGCAGAUCGAAUUCCACCGUUGGAAAGAGUGGCGGUUCCACUGUGAAGCUCGACCACACAGUGUCGCAGAGCACCAUUAGCAAUUUCGACUAUCAAACCUACAACCAAAAUCAAAUCCUCGCUGGAAAGAAAGAGGAGAACGAAGGAGACACCGACGAAUAUAUUGGUUUUGAGAUUGGAAAGAUCGAAGUGAGCGGUGAUGUGCGUAUCGAAGUUUGCGAGAAGGACGAGCGUCUUUUCAUGUUUUGGAUCAACACUGCAUUCACCAAUGCACACGAAGUAGUUACCAAGCCAGGCUUGGACAAGGCCCACAAGGACAAGAAGCACAAGGCCUACCCAGAGGACUUUAGAGUCGAGCUUUUCUUUGACGAACCAGAGCAUAGCGAUACCACCACUGUUGUCGCCACCAAUGACAAUGUAAAUGUAGUAUUACCACAAACAAAACCAAUCAUCUCAUCAAAUAAUAACAACAACAAUAACAAUACCAACAACAAUAACACUCCUAUCAGUAAAGACGAAUCUGACAGUGACUCUGAUAGUUCAAGCGAAAGCAGCGACCACUCGAAUGGACAUAUUAUUUCCGAACAAUCCAAUGGCACCAACACCACACAAACUCAAAUAGAACCAUAA